AUGGACCGACAUAGUAUUGGGAGUUUUAUGAGUCGCAGUGUGUCAUCGCCGUCAAGAAAAAGAUUGUCUAUGGCACAAUCAUUGAGGAGGCAAAGCAGCGGAGUGAGCAUAUCCGGUCGUUCAAACCAGUCAAUCCAGGUUCUGUGCCGUAGCGCGGGUCACACAGUAGAGUCCUUCGGUUCCUCCUUACCCGUAUUGGUCACAGAAGCAUUGACCUUCGUGGACCGUAGCACGCAGGUAACUGUCCGAGUAUCCCAGCAUGGAUGGGCCUGGUUAGUCUGCAACCGCCGCCUCUUAGUAUGGCAAUGUAAAACAACUCUCCACGACCCGAAGCAGCAACGACUAGCCUUCAAAAGCCAAUGCCGCGAACUGCUGCUUCCCCAGAGCGACCUGGCCCACAAAGCGGACUGCAUCUCCGUGUGGACAUCCCCAGGCCACCAGGUUCCCUCCUGCAUGGCGGUCUCUCCAGAAGGAAUCGUCCGCUACUGGCCUUCUGUCGCCCAUGAGGAGUCCUCCGUGGAGAUAUCCGCGGAGCUCGCUGGCCAGGAAGUCGACUGUCUGACCCACAUUCCUGGCCACGGGUGUAUCCUGGCGACCACAACCUGUACCGUGGCUCUCCUCCAGCCGCUGUUCGUCGCCGGGAGGAACACCAUCACCUGCCGAGUCCUUCGGACCAGUCCCGGGUGGCUGGGAGGAAUUGGCCGUCGUAUGUCCUCCUUGAUAUUCGGAACCAUCCCACAGUCCCCGAUGACCGAGACCAAGCUGUCGAAGGUCCUGUGCACCUACUUCGGUGACCAAGGCUCAAGAGUGCUAAUUCUCGCCGGAUCUUCCUUACAAUACUGGUCAUUCCCGGUCAAUGACCAAGAGAAAAUGGAGUUCGACGAGGACGUAGGCCAUGUGGUAGCCCAGGCGUUCCAGCGCGUGUCCUGGGAGAACGCUGCCGUCAAUCCUUCAAGCAUCCACACCUGGUUGAUCGACAUGCAGACCAACGACGAGGGAAUCGUCCUCCUAGUAGCCGCUCACUGCGAAGAAAUCUCUCCCCAGGUCCAGUUUGCUCUGGGACUUCUCCAACUAAAUUCCACCACCUUAAUAACACCCUUCAAGUGGUUCAUCCCGGUUAAAGUAGGUCCCUUGCUUUACCAGGACAACAUCGACAACUCCAUCAACUCCUACCGGUUUAUUUUAUCCGGCUGGGAAGCGAUUGUCUACAAUUACUGCUCAGUCCUGGUAGUUAACGUGACCAACGAGAACGAGCAGGACAAAAUUGAACUGAUCCGUCGGGGAGAGGAUAAAAUCCUCGGGGGUGACUUGUGCUCCAACACUCCAAUUCUCUUCACCCGGAACUUAGGUCUGAUCACCAUCCAGACCUCAGAUUUCACCACCCAGGACUUCAACUCUAGUUACGCUGAUUUAAGUAACACCAGCGUGGAUUCUCCCGGAGAAAAUUUGGAGACUAUGUACUCCAAUGACAAGAUACGCGAGAUGUACUACACCUCUGAUGGGGUCGAGCAGCUCAAAGCUGCGUUUUUGUUCCACUUGAGACAAAACAAGUCCGAGUGCCAGCAAAUCCUAGUUGAGCUUUUUCCAAUUGAAGAAGAACCGGUGAUGGAUAUUGACGCGAGCUUGGACACUCUUGCUUUGAAGGUUGCUAACAAGUUGAUUGAUGAUUACCCUGCUAACGAUCCCAGGUGGGCCAAUCACUUGGACUCCUCGCUGACAAUCACCACUGUGAUGUCCAUGCAGAUUCCUCAUCAGCUGGAGGGAAAGCAGAAGGCGCUUAAUUUGUUUGUUAGUUUUCUUAAAGACUACGGAUUGUGGGACCGGUUCUGCGCGGUUACUUACCGAGGAGUGAUUAUGGCGACUUCUCAUGUCAUUGGAGAGUACGCGGAGAAAAUAGUUGCUGCUUUGGCGAUAUUUAAUUUACAAAACAGGUACCCGGAUUUGAUGGACCAGGUGAUAGAGCAGACCUUGUCGGAAGAAGCGGCUGGGAAUGCUUCCAGUGAGCUGACCGCCAGGGAUAUUUUUUACAGAGAAGUUAGUUCUAUUCACUUGGUCCUGCCGAACUUGGUGAGCAGCGCUGUAGAGGUCACGCAGUCUGAGAAGCCAGCGCAGCAGAUUUCACAGUUUAUUUCUCAAGUUAAUGCUAUUCUUCUGGGAGUUUUGCACGAGGUUAUUAAAUUCAGGCAAGCUAAUGCUGAUAGAUUCGUACCGACGAGCAACUCCAAGGCUGUUACGGAAUAUUUACCCUGGACAGCUGCUUCAUCUUCUGGGAAACAAGAUUUAAGAAAUUGUCUGUAUACUUUGCAAAAUUUAACAUUAAAGCACGGAGUUACUGGAACCAAUGACACGUCCUUGAAGAAUGAAUUGUAUGAGCAGAUUGUCGGUCUGGUUGAUUUAAUUCUCGAUGGGAAGAAAUGCCACCUGGAGAGUAUCCGAGGAACGGAUAAAUUUGAGAUUCUGGUGAAGCAGUAUGAAGCAGAGAGAACUAAUUUGAUCGCACCGUUGAUCAGAAACGAGCAGUUUGAAAACGCGGCGAUGUUGGCGGAGAAAUAUUGUGAUUUUGCUUCCCUGGUGAGGAUCUGCGAGUUGACUGAUAAUAAAGCUAGGUUGGAUAGCUACGCGGAGAAGUUUGCAGCUCAAGAUUUUGCGGGGUUCUUGUUCUCUUGGUAUGUUAAGGACGGAAGGUCAGGCCAGCUGGUCGAGAGGUGUAGGAGAGAAGGAAAGGGAGAGUUGAUGGAGAAAAUUUCAGAGCAUCCGGAGCUCAGCUGGGUUCAGAAUUCUUUGAUGGAAGAGUACAGGUUGGCGGCUGAUACUUUGCAUAAACUUGCGGUCAGAGAGACUGAGCUGGUGAGGAGGAAGAAGAGCAUGUUGAGUUUGGGAAAAUUGGCGCUCAUUUGCUCGAAUGAGAUUCAGGAAGAAAUCAAUGAGAAUUGCGAGAGGAUUAAUAGGGAGUUGGAGUUGAUUGCUCAUCAAGAAGAAUUGCCCGGGGAUGUUCUCGAGGCGUAUGGAUAUGAUAUCAAAAAAUUGAAAGUUUUGACUCCUGUUGAAUUGAUUACGUUGUACACGUGCGAAGAAAAUGUUCCGGUGACUGAUUUUGACUUUAAAAAAGCUUUGGACUUGCUGGACUACGUUGAUGAGAGUGAAGACAAAAUGGGAUUGAAGGUCAGCAUCUGGGCAAGAGCUGCGCAGCGUGAUAGAUGGGACGUUGUUUCUAAGAAUCCGGAGCAGCAGAUUCAGCAGAUGUUGUUCUUUAAAAUAAUUAGUCUUAUUCAUGUACAUGGAGAUUCUAUCGAGGAUUUCCUUCCACCACUUGACUUACUUAUUGCUGACUCUAACCUCGGCACACUUGCCGACUCGAGUAACUUCCAGUACCUCAUCAGAUUGAUAUACGAAUUUACCGCUCAAAAUUUCCAAUUAAAUUCCAAUUAA